AUGAAGAACAUUGCGAUUGCGGACGUCCUGCGCUGCGAAGAGCAGCUGAGGUCCACACUCCACUGCGAUGACAAGGACAAUCUUCGUAAAAAGUUGGCCCAGCUCCGGCGGGAGUAUCUCAAGACUGCCCAGAAACUGCAGCGUGCUGAGAGACUGGAAGCGGUGCAGAAACACGUAAGGAAGGAAGUCACUCCGAAGCAGGACCAGACAGACCAAGAUGGAAUGUCCAAGUCUUCAUUUGGCGGAGGUCCUGCCACUUCCAGCUGCAGCAACGCGGUCAUUACUCCGCUCCCGUCCACACCGGAACCAGAACAUCUCGACUCAACUUAUGGUUGCAGAGCCAGCCCGGCCCUGCGGCUGCGCUCCCGCCGCAGUCGCAUACGCUGGCAGAAUCGUGGCGAGGAAGUCGAAAAGUCGCAAGGCGAGGCAACAUUCACGGAUGAAAGCCAAAGUUCGGAAUCCACGUCACCUUCACUGCUUCUGUCCCACUGGAGCGUUCUGGCACUCAGCGAUGAGAGGAAAGAGGGUGAAAUAGAAGCAGAAACGCCAGUAAAUGUAAAAGAAAACGAGAAUCGCGCCGGUGAAGUAGAUGGAGGACACCUAAAGACUAAGGAAAACAAUUGUCAACAUUUGCGAAACGAGCCCAUUUUGUGCAGCGUUGAAGGAGGAGACAAGAAGCGCUUGCAGGAAACCUGCACCAUGGUGGAAGGACUACUUUUCCCUGCUGAAUACUAUGUCCGGACCACCAGACGCAUGGCUCUCAUGCAGAGCCAGCCAGACCUACGGGGCGUCAUCAAUACCCAGCUGAGCUCGGGGCGUCCUCGCCGGAAAAAAGCCAGCCCGCCCUGCUCCGGUGUGCAUUCUGAUCCAAUAUUCGGCAGGGACACCCCCACGGAUUCUGUUUCAAAGCACAGAGUCACUCGUCCGGGAAGGAGUCGAAAGAGUCGGAGGGGGCGAUGCAGGGCAAAACCUCAAGUACAGAGACCCUCAGCUUCUCCUGUCUUGUCCCUCCAUGAGAGGGAUUCUCCAAGAUCUCACCCAACUCCAGAAGAGGUUGAUUCACCGUCAGACUUUCCGCAGGCCACAUCCCCUGACACGCAGCAUUCAUCACAAACGCAAAAGAUCUUCCCCAUCUUUCACAAGACUGUCAAGCCCACCUCUGUGGCCUCAGGUUCUGAGAGCUGGCAUUCCUUCCUCGUGCCCUCUCUCAAGCUCUCACCCCCACUACAACCUCCUCUCCCAAUGCAGCUGAUAGGGAACCUGCCACCCUCGGACCUCCAUCAGGACUUCUACUUGCCCGAUGACCAGUUUGCCUCUCUGAAGCUCAUCAAACUAUGCCAAGUCGCUGCGAAAUCAAGGACUGAACCAUUCGUGUCGUCGUCCCACAACUCUGGUGCCAUCCAGAGACUUACCGGAACUCAGGAGACCCCUCUCAAGGGGCUGCUCGCCCUCACACCCACGGCUGAAAAAUGCUCCAGCCAAAUUGAUAAACUUCACAGCACUGACAUGCAAAUCACUGCAACCUCACAUUUGGACCUUCACAACAUUUGUCGGAUCCCAAGGAAUCAGGAAUGGAAGUGUGGUGACAACCAACAGAAAGACCUUCCACCCAGCAUUCACCCCCUUGAGGAUGGGAUAGAGGACAACAGGCUUCAGGAUGAUUUUCCCAAAGUGGUCCAAGAUAGGGACAGCAUCCAGUCUCAGCUGCGACUGAGCCCGGCAGUGGGGUCUGCCCCUCUGCACCCACCCUCAUCUACUCUUCACUCAAGCCCAGUGUUGCCCUCAGUGGGGCUCACCCCUCGCGCCUCGUCACCAACUGCCACUGCUGCUGUUCCCCCCUCUCUUAGCCUUCCAACCCCGGUUAGCACCCCAAACCGGGCGCUUUCCCCGCCACCUCUGUCCCCGCAAACCUCCACCACUCACAACAUGGCUGCCCCGACACCAGACGACCAAAUCUUAGCGCCGUCUGAGACUUGCAGAAGAUGCACACUGAAAGUCCCAGCUGGAGGUGCUCUGGUGGAUGCGUGUUGCCUGUCAGACACGGCCGGCCGAUUGUGCGUUGCCGCAGCAGGGAGGUGGGCAGUCUGUUUAUGGCGUCAGGAGUCAUCAACGUGCGCUUGGAGCCUACGACACACGUGGGCCUUCAUUGAGCCUGUGAUCAACGUGUUUCCCGUCCCGGACGCGUCUGGCCUCAUGUGUGUGACACUCGGUCAACUGGAGGUAAAAGAAGUGAGGGUACUGUCGUGCUGCGGCGGUGAGCCAACACUGCUGCUUGACGCGGAUAUCCAGGUGGCCGUUGGUGUGCCCAAGUCCAGGGUGGUCACCUCCUCCAACUCCUCCUUUGGCUGCUCGCUGCAGGUGUUCACGCUCUCAAACGAUGGCAGUACUUUCAGCUGUCUCCCUCUCAACUCGCCUGGCAUUUGCGUGAGGGCUCUGGCUCCGGUGGACGCACUCCCUGACGCUCUGGUCGGCACCGAUGAGGAAGGACAAAUCUUUCUGUGGAAUUUAAGGAACGGCCACUUGCUGCAGAAGAUAAAGCUUGAUGAUAGUUUAACACACUCAUCCUGUUUAAGAGGAUUCUCCUGCAGUGGUGUGUUCUUAGUCCUGCUUCAGCAUCUGUCUCUGGGUUGCCUCCUUAAUGAUGAAAACACCACCAAAGAUAAAAUGUCGUUUAAGCAAGAAACGGACAACAAGGAGUCAACACCCUUCUCCUUGGUUGCGGUUAAUCCUCUGAGCGGCAAAAGCGUCCUUGCGACCCAUCUGGAGCUACCUGAGUCAUGGUCAGGAAGGCUCUGUGAGGCUAGCGCCAACAACUUGGCGGUGGUGGGCUUGAGUCACAAUGGCGGCGUGUGCGUGUGGCAGUUGAGACGGCAUUGCAAAGCAUUCAUGGUGAGGGCGCUAGGCUCCGAUGGCGAUGGUUGGCAGCUAGCUCACUGGGCGGAAGGAGGUGACACACUGGUGACCGGCCAUCACAACGGUGAUGUCACCUUGCACUUUGACCUCAACGCAGAAGACCAUUUAUUGUGA